AUGAAGAAAGAAAUAAAAAACAGAAAGAGGGAAGCAAGAAAAGGGCCCAAGAUAAAGAGGAAGGUCGAGACUGCCCAACGGGAGCCCCCUAAGGUUGUAUUGAAAGACAAGGAGAAAAUCUCAGCUCCCAAAAAUGAAGACUUGGGAAAUAAGGAUCAGAUAGAGAGUUCCAAGUCAUCCAAGAAUGUCAGGUGGAAAUACGAAGGAGAUGAGCCUCUAAAUGACUGGACCAAGCUACCCCCAGGAUGGACCAAUCUUGAGCGCGAUCUUGACCCUCAAGAUCUAGAGGCGCAAAUCCAACGGUGUCAUGAGAGAAUCGAAGAAAAUAUGAUGACCUAUAUUUUCGAAAACAGGCUUAAAUAUGCCCCGUAUAAGGACCUUAAGCUGCCAUGGUCUGUGAUAAAACGUAUCAAGAUCCUUGACUCAAUACAUGAGAUGACAAAGAAGGAUGGUGAUCCUCUAGAGGAGAUUUCCAAUAUCCAAGCUAUUAUAGAAGCCUACAAGUCGGAGACAAUCAAGUUGGAUGGAUUGGUUACUUACUGGUCACAUGGAAAACUAGUUGGCGGCCCAAAGGAAUUUACAGUGGAAGAGUUUAGAGAAGUCAAUAGGGCAAAUAAAGGACAUAAAGGGUUUUGGGUAGAAGGAUUUGAAUUUUGCCUCAGACUCGGUCCAGAUCUUGCAAAUAGUGCAAAUCCUGAACGUGCUUACGCUCCAAUUGAACUGGAGUUUAGGGACGACACCGGGGCUGAUGUGAUGCUGAUUUUUAGAGAUGACCUAGAAAUACUCCAGGGUCCUCCUCCUCCGGACAUACUACCUGGUCAGAGCCGUGUGCCAUUUGAGCAAGUCAUGGGUUUAGCCUAUCUGGGUGACGCAAGCCAACAAAAUACUGCCACGCCAAUUUACCUUGUCGAAGUCAAUAUGUAUAACUUGAGGGUAGCAGAUGAUGGCGAUGAAAAUCGCCGAUUUCUUAAGGAUGAGUGGACCCCAAUACGGUGCGCUGUCAACCAGACUGUCGAUUCAAUAACCGAAGAUGGUCAGCCGCGUCAAAGACUUAGCGGCCCUUGGAUGCGACGCCAGCUUUACCAAGCGACAGCACCGGAACCUGAGCGCGAUAGACACGCUUAUAUUAGCACUGACAAAAAUGAUCUGAUGGAUAUCUUACCAGACAUCGAUGUCAGCAACGAGACUUAUGAAAGACGUUGGCCAUGGAAACAGGAGAACAGUAUCAUAGGUGGAGCAAUUGGAGAGCUGGAGGCAGAAGCUAGCAGAAGAGAGAGGCUGAGGAGGAGAGUUAAAAGAGUUCUUGGUCAGGGCCGUACUGAUCCCCAGUAUGAAUACAGGCUGGUCGGCAUCGAAGAUAUACCUGAGCGACUUCCAGGAGACAACAUUCAAAUCUCCAAUGCGCGAUGGGAUGCAGGCACAAAUGAGUACAAAGUUUGGACGCCACCGCCUUGA